AUGUGCCCACUAUUCUGGUUGUCCAUUCCUUUUUCACAAUACUUUGCAGCUGGGUUCGACAUGGUGGUGUUCCCAAGCUCUUUGACAGAGGAAGAGGAGGCUCUGCAGAAGAAAUAUGCCAAACUCAAGAAAAAGGUGAGAAACUUUAAGAAUCUCCUCACUCUCCACUUGACUAGAGAGAAAUCUAUGUAUCUGUAUCCUGCUUCUGACAAUGAGAUGUGUCACUGCCCCCACAUUUGCAGAUGUGAUCAGGAGUAGUCCUAGGUCUUUAUUAAAUUCACAUUCACCUGUCAGUAAUUAUCAUCACACUCAUAAUGUUGAAAGUUAGAUAUCAUUAUUAUGUUACCAAACUCUGAUUGGCCUCAGUGUUUACACCUCUUAUUGUCUCUCUCUCUCCCUCUAUCCUCACACCUCUAGAAAAAGGCACUGCUGGCUUUGAAGAAGCAGCAGAGUUCAACCAGCCAGACCAAUCAGAGUGGAUUGAAGCGCAGUAUGUGGCUUUGUCUUCACUUUUUAAAACUGUAUUAUUAAGCAGAUACUUGGUCUCAGUUGAUUAUGUUGCAUCUACGCUCUCCCUCCGCUAGCUUUGUCAGACCAGCCUGUGCUAGAUACAGCGACAGCUACAGAGCAGGCAAAGAUGCUGAUCAAGUCUGGGGCGAUCAGCGCCAUCAAGUCAGAGAACAAGAACUCUGGCUUCAAGCGCUCUAGAACGCUAGAGAUCAAGCUCAAGGUGAGAUACAACAUGCAAUAUGCAAGGAUGUGUAAUGUAGUAGUGGGAAUUGAUCAUAGAAUAAAUGAUUGAUACAAUAAUUUAUCUACAUAUAAAUACAUAAUAAUAAUAAUAAUAAUAAUGUAUAAAGCUGACACAGUUGCAAAUGCCUUUUAAAUAUGACACAUAAACUAGUCUGUGAUGGAACUCAAACUUAUCAAUUUAGUAAUGAUUUGUUAUAUUUUCUCUUUCUGUUUACCAGGAUCCAGAGAAAGUUCCAGGCCCUGUGGCUUUCCAACCAUUCCAAAGGAGCAUGUCCACCGAUGAGGAACUUUCUGAGGUAAAGUGAGAAUUACAUGACAUCCCAUGUAAAAUCAGUUUUUGAGAAGAUAUAACUGAUGCUGCUGCUUUUACAUUUUAAUUUCUACUCCAGGCUGGCAAAAGAGCCCAAAGAAAAUCUUUGUACGAGAGGUAAGCCUAAAAGCUCUGAUGAGUAAUAGAGUAGAUCAUCUUUUAUACACUGGUUCUCUGUAUAAGGCGGUUUAACAUCUCUUCCUCUGUGGCUCUCUAACAGCUUCGUUACUCCAGGCGACCGGGCGGCUCGUGACGAGGAGGAGGGAGGCGGCGGCCUUUCCACCAGCAGAGACAUGGAGCGAGAGAGAGACAGAGGAGAUCGAGAGAUGGACAGAGAGAGGGAGCGAGACAGAGAGAGAGACCGGGGCAGCGGCGACCGGGGCAGGGACAGAGAGCCGCGAGACCGCGAGAGAGACAGGAGCCAGGACGGAGACCGCGACCGGGAAAGGGGAGGAGACAGAGAGUCACGUGAGCGAGACGGACCGUUCAGACGUGAGUAUUCUUUUACUGGACUUCUCUGUCUUUCAUGUGUCUUGUCACUGCCAUUCUUAAAAGCAUAUUCGACUCAAAAUACAAAUUCAAGGAGGGAAUAAUGGGACUGUUUUUCUUCUCCCUUAUCUUCUCUCUCUCUUUCCCCUUCUCAGGAUCAGACUCGUACCCGGAGCAGAGGGGGGUGAGGAAGGGGAACACGGUGUACGUGUAUGGUACUGGCCUUGUGGAGGACAGCCUGCGUUCAGCCUUCUCCCAACACGGCACCAUCAUUGACCUGUCUAUGGAUUCCCCACGCAAGUAUGGCUACAUUACUUAAAUGUUGUUGUUGAGAUAUUAUGUCCGUGUGGGUGUGUUAUUGGGAGAGCGUCCAAAACAGAGAAUGUUCAGUGUUUUAAAAUGUUUUGCAGUUGAAAACUAAAACUAGUCCAGUAAGUCCCUCACUGUUUUGUUCUGUUUGGUGCCUAAUGAACACAACCCUGUCUUUCUCUUUCUAGCUGUGCAUUCAUCACCUUUGAGAAGAUGGAGUCUGCAGACCAGGCUGUAGCUGAGGUCAGUAUAGCUCCAGCUCCCUGUCCCAACUUAAGCCAUUAUAGUGUAAAACCUAUCAUCUAUACACUCUUCUUCUCCCAGUUGAAUGGAAGCACGGUCGGAGACGUCCCCAUCAAAGUCAGCAUCGCCAGGAAGCAGCCCAUGCUGGAGGCAGCCACUGGCAAAUCUGUCUGGGCCACUCUGGGUAAAUAUCAGUCAUAGUCAAACACAGAUCGGACUAACAAGCAGCGUAUGACAGUAAGUGUCAACUCUGGAUUAUUGUAUACUUUUUCUCUCUUUCCCUCUCUCACAGCUGUGCAGAACAGUGCCAAAGGUUCUUACAGAGACAAGAGAAACCAGGUUGUGUACAGUGAGGAUUUCCUAUGAGCUAAGAGGCGUGCCGCAUUGGAGAUCUGUAAGAAGAAUCAAUGAGUUAGCGUUGUAUGUGUUUUCUAUAUUGCAUUUUGAGUUAGUUGUUGAUUGCCUGUUAGCCCGAUACAGCACCAUGUGUCAGUUGAUCUGAGUAGAUGCUACAUUUCUAUUCAUGGCCAGGAUGUGUAAUGGCAAUAACCAUGUGAACAGAGAUUGUGGUGGUUUUCAUGGUGGCCUGGUCUUGCAACCAGGGAUUUCAUUGUUUUGUGGAGCUCAAUAAAUCACAUCAAUACAUUUG